GGCGCGACCGUUGCCAAACACCGCGGACCCGCACCCAGACGGCGCAGGCUCGCUCGAUCGCUUCUAGCCGCACCAUCCCUCUCCGGUUCGCCCCUUCCAUCUCUCUGUAGCAGAGCUCUCACUCCGCGGCGCGUCCACGGAGGCCGCGGCGGCGCCGGGCGCCCAUGGAGGACGCCUACGCCAAGUCCGUCGCCGAGGUGCUGGAGGCGUUCGGCGUGGAUCGGACCAAGGGCCUCUCCGACUCGCAGGUGGAGCAGCAUACGAGGCUCUACGGCAAAAACGUGCUUCCCCAAGAAGAAAGUACUCCCUUUUGGAAGUUAGUUUUGAAGCAAUUUGAUGAUUUACUCGUCAAAAUAUUGAUAGCAGCUGCUGCGAUAUCCUUCCUUUUGGCUCAAAUGAAUGGUGAAACUGGAUUAUCUGCAUUUUUGGAACCAUCUGUCAUCUUUAUGAUACUGGCAGCAAAUGCAGCUGUGGGUGUGAUUACUGAAACAAAUGCUGAAAAAGCUCUCGAGGAGCUCCGUGCUUAUCAAGCUGAUAUUGCAACGGUUUUGCGCAAUGGUUGCUUUUCUAUACUCCCAGCAACAGAACUCGUCCCUGGAGAUAUAGUUGAAGUAGGAGUUGGUUGCAAAGUUCCGGCUGACAUGAGAAUGGUUGAAAUGUUAAGCCACCAGUUGCGUGUUGACCAAGCAAUUCUUACAGGAGAAAGCUGUUCAGUCGCUAAAGAGCUUGAAUCAACUUCAGCAAUGAAUGCUGUCUACCAGGACAAAACAAACAUUCUUUUUUCGGGCACUGUUGUUGUAGCUGGCAGAGCAAGAGCAGUUGUCAUUGGGGUUGGUUCUAAUACUGCAAUGGGAAGUAUACGUGAUGCUAUGCUGAGAACAGAAGAUGAAGCAACACCGUUGAAGAAAAAGCUUGAUGAGUUUGGUACUUUUUUGGCAAAGGUGAUAGCAGGGAUAUGUAUACUUGUUUGGGUUGUAAAUAUUGGACAUUUCCGAGAUCCUUCUCAUGGUGGCUUUGUUAGGGGUGCCAUCCACUAUUUUAAGGUAGCCGUCGCUCUUGCUGUUGCAGCCAUUCCAGAAGGUCUUCCAGCUGUGGUAACAACGUGCUUAGCUCUUGGCACCAAAAGAAUGGCUCGCUUGAACGCUAUUGUUAGGUCUCUUCCCUCUGUAGAGACAUUAGGAUGCACAACAGUUAUUUGCAGUGACAAAACUGGUACUCUCACGACAAACAUGAUGUCUGUGUCAAAGGUGUGUGUUGUGCGGUCUGUACACCAGAGACCGAUGACUGAUGAGUACUCCAUUAGCGGAACAACAUUUGCUCCUGAAGGUUUUAUUUAUGAUGCUGAUGGAUUGCAGCUGGAGUUUCCCCCUCAAUCACCAUGUCUCCUUCAUCUUGCUAUGUGUUCAGCUCUUUGCAACGAGUCCACUCUACAAUACAACCCUGAUAAAAAAUGUUAUGAAAAAAUUGGAGAGUCCACUGAAGUUGCUCUGCGUGUGCUUGUGGAGAAGGUUGGUCUUCCUGGUUUUGAUUCAAUGCCUUCAGCUCUUAACAUGCUAACUAAGCAUGAGCGCGCAUCAUACUGCAACCGUUAUUGGGAAAAUCAGUUCAGAAAGAUAUCCGUUCUAGAGUUCUCCCGAGAUCGCAAAAUGAUGAGCGUCCUUUGUAGUAGAAAACAACAGGAGAUUAUGUUUUCAAAAGGUGCCCCUGAAAGUAUAAUGGCAAGAUGCACACAUAUAUUGUGCAAUGAUGAUGGUUCUUCAGUACCAUUAACUAUGGACAUUCGUAAUGAGUUGGAAGCUAGAUUUCAAAGUUUUGCAGGGAAAGAUACACUGAGGUGCUUAGCAUUAGCAUUAAAACGGAUGCCAGCUGGUCAACAAAGCAUCUGUUAUGAUGAUGAGGCCAACCUCACAUUUAUAGGAUUGGUUGGGAUGCUUGAUCCACCAAGAGAAGAAGUUCGGGAUGCUAUCCACUCUUGUAUGUCCGCGGGGAUCCGUGUUAUAGUUGUUACUGGGGACAACAAGUCUACAGCAGAAUCUCUGUGUCGGCAAAUUGGUGCUUUUGAGCACUUGGAUGACUUUGCGGGGUAUUCCUAUACAGCAUCAGAAUUUGAAGGAUUGCCUCCUCUGGAAAGGACAAAUGCAUUGCAAAGGAUGGUUCUGUUUUCAAGAGUGGAACCUUCUCACAAGAAGAUGCUGGUUGAAGCCUUGCAAACACACAAUGAAGUGGUUGCUAUGACCGGAGAUGGUGUCAAUGAUGCACCUGCGCUGAAGAAAGCGGAUAUAGGAAUAGCGAUGGGAUCAGGAACUGCAGUUGCAAAGAGUGCAUCAGACAUGGUUUUGGCGGAUGACAACUUUGCCACAAUUGUUGCUGCUGUUGCGGAGGGAAGGGCCAUAUAUAAUAACACGAAGCAGUUUAUUCGGUACAUGAUCUCGUCAAAUAUUGGAGAGGUGGUUUGUAUUUUUGUGGCGGCAGUGCUUGGGAUGCCUGACACACUUGUACCUGUCCAGCUACUCUGGGUGAACCUUGUUACUGAUGGAUUGCCUGCAACUGCAAUUGGUUUCAAUAAGCCUGAUAGCAACAUCAUGACAGUCAAGCCUCGCAAGGUUAAUGAAGCUGUGGUUAGCGGAUGGCUCUUUUUCCGUUAUUUGGUCAUUGGAGCUUAUGUUGGCCUUGCUACUAUAGCGGGUUUUGUUUGGUGGUUUGUUUAUUCUGAAAAUGGUCCUGGAUUACCAUACUCAGAACUGGUCAAUUUUGAUUCAUGUUCUGCCAGGCAAACUUCUUAUCCUUGCAGCAUCUUUGAGGAUCGUCAUCCAUCCACUGUUUCAAUGACUGUGCUUGUUGUUGUGGAGAUGUUUAAUGCCUUGAAUAACCUGAGUGAAAACCAAUCUCUGCUUGUCAUUCAUCCAUGGAGUAACCUAUGGCUUGUUGGGUCGAUUAUUCUGACAAUGCUUCUUCACGUAGCAGUCCUGUACAUUGAACCACUAGCAGCUCUUUUCUCGGUGUCUCCAUUAUCGUGGGCUGAGUGGAAAGUUGUUCUUUAUCUAUCCUUCCCAGUUAUUCUUAUUGAUGAGGUAUUGAAAUUGUUCUCGAGAAGCCCACGAGGACGAAGGUUCCCUUUAAGGUUGUGGAGACGUGAGAUACUUCCAAAAGAGUCGAGAGAUAAUUAGUUUUAGUCCUCAGCAUAUGGAGAUGCUUACAAUACAGAGCGGGAAUCUUGGCUUCUGCUGGUAGCAAGAUUGAUUUCGGCUAAUGUUUGUAGACUAACAAGCACUGCAAAUCCUGUUGUGGGCAAUCUGAUUCAUACAAUGACUGACGCUGGAAUUCUUUCAGGUCUCAGAAUGCCAGUUUUGGGCAGAAAACAUAGAACAGCUUUGAGAAUGUGCUCUAGGAUCUGUAGUUGUUUAUAGACUCUGCUCAUACCUGUAACUGAUGCUUACAGAAAAUAAUGAGUUCACGAUUGCCCCCUGUUCUGAUGGGGAUUUAUUCUACCGGUGAGGUACCCUUA